CCGCCGUCCCGGCCGCGCGCCGCCCCGCACGCCCCCGCCCCCCGGCUCCUCCGGCCGCGCCGCUUGUGCUGCUGCGCUGCCUGCCGCCAGGGCUCGGAGGGGGCCGCGGAGGAGCCGCCCCCCGCGCCCGGCCCGCCCGCCGCGCCCGGCCGCGCGCCAUGGGGCUCUGGCUGCCGCCGCCCCCUGCGCCGCCGGGCUAGGGCGAUGCGGGCGCCCCCGGUGCGUUGCCCCCGCGGGCACCAUGAGGCCCCUGCUCCGCCGCCUGCUGCUCGCCGCGCUCCUGCAGCUGGCCCCCGCCCAGGCCCCUCUCUCCCAGCCUGAUGCCCCUGGCCACCAGAAGAAAGUGGUAUCAUGGAUAGACGUGUAUGCUCGUGCUACCUGUCAGCCACGGGAGGUGGUGGUGCCCCUGACUGUGGAACUUAUGGGCACUGUGGCCAAACAACUGGUGCCCAGCUGUGUGACUGUGCAACGCUGCGGUGGCUGCUGCCCUGACGAUGGCCUGGAGUGUGUGCCCACUGGGCAGCACCAGGUCCGGAUGCAGAUCCUCAUGAUCCGGUACCCGAGCAGUCAGCUGGGGGAGAUGUCCCUGGAAGAACACAGCCAAUGUGAAUGCAGACCAAAAAAAAAAGACAGUGCUGUGAAGCCAGACAGGGCUGCCACUCCCCACCACCGUCCCCAGCCCCGCUCUGUUCCGGGCUGGGACCCUGUCCCCGGAGCACCCUCCCCAGCUGACAUCACCCAUCCCACUCCAGCCCCAGGCCCCUCUGCCCACGCUGCACCCAGCGCCGCCAGCGUCCUGACCCCCGGACCUGCCGCUGCCGCUGCCGACGCCGCAGCUUCCUCCGUUGCCAGGGGCGGGGCUUAGAGCUCAACCCAAACACCUGUAGGUGCCGGAAGCUGCGAAGGUGACACAUUGCUUUUCAGACUCGGCGGGCCACUUGCCUCAUAGGCCACACCCCAGUGGGGGAAGAGAGCGGAGCCUGGUGAGAACAGUCCAGCCCCCAAGAUCUCAGCCCAGGCAGAAGCUGCUCCAGGACCUGGGCCUCUCAGAGGGCUCCCUUGCUGUCCCUUGUCUCCCGGAGGCUGUCGUCUAACAGGGUAGGCAGAGUUGGAGGAGGAGACUUGGAGGCACAGCAAGAGUGUUCAUAUCCCAGCUUAGGGGAGAAAGGGGUACUGUCUCAGUUUUUAACCAUCCUGUAUAAGUGAACAUCUUACAACUUGCUCCUCCCUCCCCUCACUAAGAAGACCUCAAACCUCUGCGAAUGAUGGGGUUGGGCUUUGGUACAAGAACUGUGAUCUCCCCCCAACCCUGAUAAAAGACAUGGAAGGAGAUGUCCCUGCCUGUGUCACUAUUCGUCACCGUCCAGGCUGGCUAGUUUGGGCAUCACUGCCUUCGAGAACCAGAGCUCGUCUUAAUCCCUCGUGCAGAUGGAGGAAGUGAGGCCCAGGGCCCACAGCAGAGCCCAGGCAUCCAGAAUUGUGGACUCGUCACUCAUGCUGUUAGCACUGGGCACUGGGGACAGGGAGGGCCCAGGCAAUGCAGGGGUCUGUGCCUGCUGGUCACAAGGAUUCCUUGCUGGAAGGAGAUGGUGUCCUAGGCCAGUGCACUUGAUGUGGGACUCAGAUCAGCUGAGUGACCUUGGCUGUCUUUGCCCGUCUUUCUGACCAUUUUUCCACGUGUGUACAUGGAGGGAACAGAGGACUGCUGUGGUUGGGGCCCUUGGGCUCCAGAGAUAUUUAAGAUUUUAUUCACAAGAUAGGAAAAAACAUCUGUUUUCCCUGCUGGGCA